GCCACCAGGUCCACCAGCUGCGGCGGAGGCAGAGAGCUUCCCCAAUAAGGAGGGCCUGGGCAGCCCCAAAGGUGCCCCGCGAAACCGGCCCGCCUGCCCGGUGACCCCAAGUGACCCCGCCUCCUUGCAGGGCGUUGAGCCCCCCUCCCGUGGGAGCCGCCCAGGCGCCCCUCCUCCUCGUCCCGGGGCCCCCAUUCAAGGUGCUGCCGCUGCCAACCUGUGAGGCAAGCCAGGCUCGGGUUUUGCACUACAACUCCCAUCAGCCCCAGACAGCUGGCUCGGUCUGACUGGAAUUGUAGUCCAAAAUGUGUGGCAAAGGCUGCCAGGAAUGGGGAAUCUGGUGCCCUCCUGAUCACCCCUGGCUAUUGGCCAUGAGGGCUGCUGCGAGUUGCAGUCGGCAGUAUCUGGAGGGCCAAAGGAGAUUCCCCAGCCCUGCCCUAGAUCUUGUUAUCCCACCAAUGGGUUUGGACAUUUAUGUGCAGGUGUGCAGAACGUGGCCUUCUCGAGUGCCUGAGAGAAUGAAGAUCAACACAGACGAAAGUAGUGAGUCUGAAAACGAAACAGAUGAAGAUGAGGAGGAUGAGGAUGAAGGCGGUCUGUCAGAUGAGUCUGCUAAUGAAUGCCUUAAGAGGCUGGACACAGAAAACAAAGCAUCUCAGGACAAGCCACGAGCCCAUAGCCGAGGGCACAAAGGCACUGGACAAGCAGGGCAGAAGGGUGACCUGCCAGGUGUCUCUCUGAUAGAUCUGGAGGAGCAAACGGCAGAGGAGUGUGAGCAAGAAGAGACGAGGAGGAAGAAAAAGAAGAAACACAGGCUGCUGUCCAUCAACCUGGCCAACUGCAAAUACGAGAGCGUUAGGCGUGCUGCUCGGCGCUGUGGCCUGAAAGAAGUGGGGGAGGACGAGGAGUGGACCGUCUGCUGGACUGACUGCUCAGUCUCGCUGGAGCGUGUCAUGGAGAUGAAGAGGUUCCAGAAAAUUAACCACUUCCCAGGCAUGGCAGAGAUCUGCCGCAAGGACCUGCUUGCCCGCAACCUCAACCGCAUGCUCAAGCUCUUCCCCAAGGAGUACAGCAUCUUCCCACGUACUUGGUGCUUGCCGGCCGACUAUGGGGACUUCCAAGCCUAUGGGCGCAUGAGGAAGAACAGGACGUACAUCUGCAAGCCAGACAGCGGCUGCCAAGGACGGGGCAUCUUCAUUACACGCAAUCCCAAGGAGAUCAAGCACGGCGAGCACAUGAUCUGCCAGCAGUACAUUGCCAAGCCCUUCCUCAUUGAUGGCUUUAAGUUCGACAUGCGCAUCUAUGUACUGGUCACUUCCUGCGACCCGCUGAAAAUCUUUGUCUACGAGGAGGGGCUAGCCCGUUUUGCCACCAUGAGGUACAUCGAGCCCAGCAGCAGCAACCUGGAUGACAUCUGCAUGCACCUGACCAACUAUGCCAUCAACAAGCACAACGAGAACUUUGUGCGUGAUGACAAUACAGGCAGCAAGAGGAAGUUGUCCACACUGAACACCUGGAUGCGGGAGCACAGCUACAACAUGGACGAGCUGUGGCGGGACAUCGAGGACAUCAUAAUCAAAACCCUCAUUGCUGCCCACCCAGUUCUGAAGCACAACUACCGCACCUGCUUCCCCAACCACAUCUCCGGCUGUGCCUGCUUCGAGAUCCUGGGCUUCGACAUCCUCCUUGACAGGAAGCUCAAGCCUUGGCUCUUGGAGGUCAACCACUCCCCCAGCUUCACCACUGACUCCCGCCUGGACCGUGAAGUGAAAGACGCCCUGCUCUGCGACGCAAUCAAUCUCGCCAACCUGCGUGCUUGUGACAAGAAGAAGGUGCUCGAAGAGGACAAGAGGCGGGUGAAGGAGCGCCUUCUCCAGGUCCACCAGCCCCCCCGUGAGGCCAGGCGUGAACAGAUGCAGAGCAGCCAGGCCGCCUGGCUGGCCCAAGCAGAGAAGUAUGAGAACAGCCACCUGGGCGGCUACCGGCGCAUCUUCCCAUUGCGGGGUACAGAGAAGUACCUGCCCUUCUUCAAGCACAGCGGAUCUCUCUUCCAAGAGACAGUUGCCUCCAAGGCCAGAGAAGAGUGCGCCAGGCAACAGCUGGAGGAGAUCCGCCAGAAGCGGGAGCAGAGGGAGAGCACAGCCGGGAAGAAGCGAAGGGAUGUGAAGGAGAACUUGCAGGGGGAGUCCGCAGGGGAGAAGGCCCACGAGAAGGGAAAGGGCAAGUCUGCCCUCACCCGCAUGACCUACAGCCACAGCAAGACCUGGAACCCAAAGAUGCCCUCCCUACCUUACGACAGCAUGACUCCCCAGGCCAUAGUGGAGGAAGAGGAAGUGGAGAGGGUCAAAGCCCUCCUGCGCCGUGAGAAUCUGAUCCGAGGGCUGGGCAUUGUGGACCAGCUAACCCGCCUGCUUCGCAGCACAGAGCCCAGGCCAGUGGAAAUCCAGAGGCCCCACAUUAACAUCUCCGAAAGCCAGCCUCACUUUCUUCAGGAGGUGUUCAGUAACAGAGAAUCCCAGAACCUGAUGACCCUCGUCCCCCUGUCCCUCCUAGGGGGCUCCGUUCAGGAGCUGGGGCAGCAGAUCCUGCAGCAACCCACAGCACGUGUCCAGCUGCUGGGCAGCCAGGGGUUCAUCCCGACCAUCCUGGGCGCCCUCUCAGGCCUAAGCCCUUCCCACGAGGCCUCCUAUUCCUCCCACUUCAAGCCGCAGCUCCACAUCCAGCCGCCCAGGAACAUGAGCUGGCUGGGCACAGCCAUGGUGGGCGAGCCCAGCACUCUUGCCCGGAUGCUGAAGGCAGGAGGGCGCCGAUUUGGCAGUGCCAAGAACAAGUUGGACGUCGGCAGCCCUGCCAGCAAGAGGCCUCUGUACAUGGGCUCCGGCUCCCUGAGCUGCCUGCCUCACGCUGGGAGAGCACCAGGCCACCUGUACAGCAGCUUCCCCUUCCCCUCCGUGGCAGCCCCCCUAAGCCGCACUGAUGUGCACGGACUGGCCAUCAACUCCGCGUCUGCCCCCCUCAUCCGGCGCACAAGUCCCCAUCGCUCCAGCAAUGUGGCCACGCUGCACCUCAACCAGCCCAGGUAGCCUCCGCAGAGCCGAGGUCUCCUUUGCAGCAGGGCUCAUCCCAGCGAGAGCCGGCUGCCUGGCCGCUCUCCCCAACGGUUUCUUUGACCUUUUGUCCCCAGGAAAGGCACUUUACUUGAAUGCUUGGCAAAACAGCGAUUCUAGGAGCAAGAAGAGCUUGGGGGGGGGUCGCUGGGGGAUGCUGAUGCCAAUGCCUGGGGCAGGAGGGGCAGGAGAGGAGACAGAGCCCUCUGCCCUGCCUUGCUGCAGCAGUGGCCUGGAGGCACGGCUCUUGAUGCAACACGUACCCCUCCCCCUCAGAGCCAGGCCCCUCACCAAUUCACCCCUCCACGGCUGAGCAAUGUAGCAGAAGCCAUUCCCCCCCCCCACUGCCCCAAGCAGCAGCAGCAGCAGCAGCAGCAGCUUCUGAGAACAGUAUUAGGUGCCUUUGGCUGUUGUGGUCCCUCAUGCCAUCUUCCCUGCCCUUGAUGCCAGUCAGCCUGCCAGAGGCCAUAGACCAUUUCUGGAGAGCACGAUGGGCCGGGGGACGGGAGGGGCAUUUUGUAG